UCGGUUUGCACGCGUGCGGUUGCCUUGUUUGGCGAUGGAUUAAGGAAAUUCGGUCGAAGUCUCGUAUGUUUACUCGUGUUUUGCCGGUACGUCUUGAGCACUUUGUGGCGAGAAAAGGAAUACGUCCUGCAUUCAGCUUCGUACUUACGAGAGAUGACGCCGUGAUUGUGAUCAACUAAUUACCGUGCGGCUUCUCCCAAUUAGAUGUAUUUCAAGAACUGACAUCAUUGCCGGGUGGACCUGAAGUGAUAAUCGGCGGCGUUGGUUGGUUGCGUACAAACUCCAACAUCGCACUCGGACCAUCUCAGUCCCGAGAUCUAGAAAAGUAGCACUUGCUGCUUGGAUGCUGCUCUGGAUCGAGAUCUUUAUUAGCCUCUUCAGUGGGCCGGGCGGAAAGACCUUGUGUGUGCGUCGGUUGCUGUGCAAUCAGAGUGCGGGUGCAUUAUUUGAGGAUUCUUUGUUCUGUGUCUAGUCCCUGUGUCGGUUGCUCUAAUGGCAAAGUCAAUUAGCAUAGGAAAGUGAAACGAUUGUCGGGUCUUUGGAGGAGUGAAUUUGCGGGAUAUUGUCUGGUAUUGGAUUUCUUAGAAAAUCUCAUCGGUUAAAUGCAACGCCUUCAGAACGGUCGGCUCUUGGUCGUUUGGAUAAUUACGUUUCGAUAAUGAGAAAACCGCUCAAGUGAUGAAGGUACUAAUGAUUAACAUCCCAAGCAGUAUUACGAAAAUAUCAAUUAGUUCUAAAAGUGCACCCAGUGAAUCCUAAUUACUUUACCAUUUGAGGAAACUUGCUACGCUUGUACAACCUUUUGGAUUAAUAUUAUUCAUCUUCGAAAUGGCCAGAUUCCAGCUCCAUACCUCACAUUACCACUAUCAACUGGGUAUCUUACUGUUGCUUUGUAUUAUCCUAGUUGCAUCAAGAUUCAAUGGUGUUGCUGGCUACGAAAAUCCUCGAAUAGUAGAGCAUCCGCUUGAUGUGAUAGUACCAAGGAAUGAUCCUGUUACAUUGAAUUGUAAGGCGGAGGGUCAUCCAACUCCGACUGUACAAUGGUAUAAGGACGGAGAAGAACUGCGAAUAGAUCCAGGAUCACAUCGGUUAUUGUUGCCUUCUGGUGGAUUAUUUUUUCUGAAGGUCAUCCACGCUAGGCGAGAAAGUGACUCUGGAGUGUAUUGGUGUGAGGCUAAAAACGAAUUUGGAUUGGCAAGAAGUAGAAAUGCUACGCUAAAAGUAACAUAUUUACGGGAUGAUUUUCGACUAGAUCCGCAGAACACUGAAACGGCUCAGGGUGAAACAGUUCUGCUGGAGUGUGUCCCACCACGUGGUAAUCCUGAGCCUACGAUUACCUGGCGUAAGAACGGUCAAAGAAUGGAUCUGAGCAUUUCAAAAAGAAUUUCGCUAACGACUGGGGCAUAUUUGGAAAUUAAGGAUGUUCGACAGUCUGAUGACGGACGAUAUCAAUGUGUCGCUCACAAUGCGGCAGGUACGAGAGAGUCGGCGAUAGCAUUUUUAAAAGUCCGUGUUCGUCCAUUUAUCAUUCGGGGUCCAGGGGACCAGAAAGCUGUGGUUGGAGGUUUUGCAAUUUUGCAAUGUAGAGUGGGUGGCGAUCCAGUUCCUGAUGUUCUUUGGAGACGAAGCACUGGAAAUAUGCCUCUAGGACGAGUACAAAUACUUGAAGAUCGCAGUCUCAGAUUAGACAACUUGAAGCUAGAAGACUAUGGAGACUACAGCUGUGAAGCGGAAAAUUCCGUUGGUUCUGUGACAUCGACAGGACGAUUGAUAGUCCAAGCUCCACCUACAUUUGUGAUUCGACCAAAAUCAAAAAUUGUGAAACUAGGCUCUGAAGUGGUAUUGCAAUGUAAGGCAAAAGGUUACGAGUAUCCAACAACAUUUUAUUCGUUUGAAGGGAACACAACCCGAUUAUUUCCUAGUUAUGAUGACGGCAGAAUUAAAGUUACAAUAUCAUCGGAUUAUGCAAUCAUUUUACGCAUUAAUAGAAUAGAACGCGAAGAUGCAGGCAAGGUGGUUGUUUGCAGCGCAACCAAUGAAGUUGGGAGCGUUAGCACCCGCAUUGUAAUAACUGUUGACGAAGAAGAUGACCUACCACCACCAGUAAUAUCUAUGGGACCUGUCAACCAAACGCUACCAGUAAAAUCAAUGGUUACGUUACCCUGCAAAACAUUGGGUCAUAUAGCAGCAAACAUAUCGUGGUUUCGGUAUGGGGUUCCUCUGUCAAAUUCAGACCGGAUUAACAUCACAGAGGACGGAACCUUAACGAUAACUGAUCUCAAUAAAAACCUUGAUGCUGGACAGUAUACCUGCGUGGCAGGCAGUCUACGUGGAAGAUCGUCGAAAAGUGGAUAUCUUACACUGGAAGUUCCUACAAAUCCAAAUAUAAAGUUUUAUAGAACGGAAGAAUCCACGUACCCUGGGCCCCCAGGAAAACCCCAAAUUGUUGAGAAAACCGAUGAUAGUGUGACAAUUUCAUGGAUACGAAGCAAUAAAUUGGGAGCGUCUAGUCUUUUAGGAUAUAUCGUCGAGAUGUAUGGACGGAACGAUACUGAUGGUUGGGUCACAGUUGGUACACGUAUAACAAACACGUCGUUCACCAAAACGGAUCUGAAGGCGGGAAUCAAUUAUUUCUUUAUUGUACGUGCCGAAAACUCACACGGUAUAUCGUUACCCGGUCCACUUUCGGAGCCUGUUUCAGUUGGAAUGCGGGAUUUCAAUUUAGCAUUGGAUUUAAGCGAGGCCCGUGCAAGUCUUUUAUCUGGUGACGUAGUCGAGCUUAUAAACGCCACUUCCACAUCUCCUGGGUCUGUAAAAUUAUCUUGGCAGAUAAUCAACGGAAAAUACGUGGAAGGAUUUUAUAUCUACGCCCAUCAGUACUCUGAUCCGAGUUAUGCAUUUACAAACCCCGAAUCAUUUGUGGAAUUGUACCGAAGCAAUCCAGAAUAUAAAAUGUUGACAGUACUGAACGGCGGAGGAGCAUCAGCAUGCACCAUAAGUGGAUUAAUGGAGUAUACCGAGUAUGAAUUCUUCAUUGUGCCAUUUUAUAAGUCUAUUGAAGGGAACCCAUCAAAUCUGCGAAUUGCACGUACUAUGGAAGAUGUUCCAAAAACAGCACCCACUCAAAUGGAAGCCCUAUUGCUUAACUCGUCCGCUGUAUUCCUCAAAUGGAAAGAGCCUGAACAUAAGGGCAAAUUAUUAAAAUAUCACAUCAUUGUCCGUGGCGUUGAAAGUCGAACAAAUCUCUCACGAAUCCUUACCAAUGUGACGAUAGAUGCCGAAACGCCUAAUCUUUUGCUAGCUAAUUUAACAGAGGGUGUUCUUUACACGGUUAGUGUGGCUGCUUCGAAUGUGGCCGGUUAUGGCCCAUAUAGCCCACCAGCAAGUUUACGACUGGAUCCGAUCACGAAAAAAUUGGAUCAAUUCACUUCACAUCGAUUUCCAUUGAACCAUGGGCACAGGGAUGAUGUUCUUACCCAACCAUGGUUCUUAGCCUUACUUGGGUUGAUAUUAACGGUGAUGAUGCUGUCUUUUGGAGCGAUGGUGUUCGUGAAAAGGAAGCAUAUGUUGAUGAAAAAGUCAACAUUAGGAACAAUGGGAGGAUCUCAUCCAAACGGUCUCCUCAAAAUGCCAAGUCUAUCACGAGCCAGCAAUGGAUUUUGGCUUGAUCCAUCGGGAAUGAUUUGGAAAUCACAAUCAGGCCCCGAAGCGCCAGCAACUGGAGCCGCACAGGACGUCAUACAAAAGGAUCAGAUAACAGACUACACUGCUGUCUGUUUAGCACAAACGCUUCCCGUUGACCAGCAACAACAACAGCAACAAAAUUCGCGUAGUCAAAGGUACGUUAGCGAUUACUCAAAUAUACCAGCCGACUAUGCGGAAGUGUCUACAUUUGGUAAAGCUGCCAGUGAAUAUGGUUCAACUGGCGGAAACCGCUCCCCUGCCCCAUACGCAACAUCUUCGAUUGUAGGAUCUACUCGAUUUGUCAAUUAUAACAAUAGCGCUUAUCAAACUCAUCGGCCAGCUUUUCCGAAUCCGUAUCGGGCCACGCACGAGGUAUAUGUGCCUUCGAAUCGUUCAGUUUAUUCGGAAUCCUAUUAUUUUCCCAAAGAUAAAAUUCAUAUCACCGAGAAUAAGUUAAACAAUAUGCCAAAUUGCCAUACUUUUAAUCCCAGCUCGACCACAGAACCGGGACAUAGCCCAUUUGGAACAAUAAGACGUGGCCGCUUUAAAUUUUCACGUCCUGCUGUUAAUUUUGGUGAGCUUGGUUCUUCAGUAGAUUCGGCUAAUCGAGGUGAUAUGAGCUCACAGCAGAAAUACUCGCCUUACCAGAAAGAGCAGCUGCAACACCACCUUCCCCAUCGCUCAGAUUACCAGCAGCAACAACAUCUGCAUGGGCAACAACAAACAAAUAAUGUUUCAAUUGGGGAUGAAUCAAAUGAUUACGGUCCUCGUCCAAGUCCGGGUGCUAGUACCGGUUCACAGGAAAUUCCUCCAAUGAAUCAACAGGACAACGAGCAACUUUAUAUAAAAGUUGGGGAAACUAAUCCACCAGAUAACGGCUAUAUGAAUUGGCGAAGAGAGAGUGCUUGUCGCAAUUUAUACAACAGAAACGGAGGCGGGGGUAGUAUCGGAAGUAAUAAUGGAAGUGGCAGCGUGGGCAGUGGGAGUAUAAGUGGACGUGAUAGCGUUAGAGACAGUGGCAAUGCCGUGAACAAUUCAGGAGUUAUUGGAAUUUGUAGUGCAGGGCGACGCCACAAUAAGGACUCUUGCGAUAGUGAUGUGAUUUAUGCACCAGGGUCGUCGUCAGGUAAUCGUAGUCUUAUAAAUUAUGUGAACCCAAAUCAACGAAUUAAUGAUGUAUGAUUGGAAGAAAUGACGCUUUAAAGUGUUGGCAAAAGAUACUUAAUCUUUCAAUAUCGAUGUCAUGGUGCUGCAACUUCUGAUAAAACUUAUGUUUAAAGCGCAAUAGAAGAAGGCAAUAUUAUUUGACUAAUACUCUCAACACUCACCAAGAAUCUCGGUCCCACGACAAUGGAUAUAUAAAUUCAUAUAGAUUACACUUGUGUCCUUUAUAGAGAAAUAAUGUGGAAUAAGUGAAAUGUUGCGUCUAUCAGGAAAACCAAAUGCUGUGUUACUCUACAAAUAAUAUUAUAUAGUGAAACGAAUCAAGAAAUAAGAAUGAUAAAUGAAUGCUUAUUCAAAUAAUGAGACUGAACAAUGAAACAAUCAGCAUCCGCUUUGAAAUGUGCCAAUUGUAUAACUUAUGCUAAAAGAGAGUCAAACGGAAGCGAACCUCACCUGUUUUAAGGUUCAAAGACUGUUUUUUUGUCUGAGUUAUCGAAUAUUCAUUUCUUUGUUGAACUCUUCAAAUACCUCAUAAACCGAAAUUUACUGGUCUUUUGAAGCGGAAUUUUGUCAUGCAUUUAAUUUUAUUCAAUUUGUGAAACUGCAAGCGGAUGAGUGAUGCAAUGAAUGACAUAACUAUAAUAAAGUCUAUUAUAAGAAUUAAGCGACUUUUUGUCGGGAACAACUGCUGCCAUGUUCUACGCCUAAAAUGUAUAAUAUUUAUGUAUGUAUAUUAAAAGUAAUUUAUUAUUAUAAUAUGUAGUUACUAUUGAAAUAAGCAGAGAUUAAUAAAGAUUUAUACUUAAGAGGUGGAAAAAAUGAAAGCAAUAAUAAA